UGAUACGUCAUCAUCGACAAGGUGUCACGACACACAGACAGACAGCAGAUGAUACAUUAAAAAAUUGUAAAAAUAUACAUUCAUAAAGAUUUGCCAGGAAUACAUAUGAUGAUGGCAGAUUCAGGUCCAGCGUAUAAUGGGAACUCCAAGGCCAACGACACCUUUGAGCAGGACCUGAAGGACAUCCUGAACGAUGGACAAGACCUGACAGAUGUACAUAACACUGUACAAAGUGGCUCCCCCAACAAGGUCAUGACCUCCUCCUACCCUGGAGCUUCCACCGGUAACUUUGGAACACAGUCUGGUCUCCCUCGCUCUUUCACUAUGCCUCCUGCAACAAGCAAUAUCCCACUAUCGUCACAAGGGGCUAGACAGAACAAUGGUGGUGACUUUCUUCCCAAGACUGUGCAUGCUGCUCAAACAAAACUAGAAACCAUCAAACACUGGAGUGUAAACACCUUCAAAUGUACCAAACAAUUCAUCUCAGAAAAAUUUGGCAAAGGCUCCAAAACUGUGGACUUGGAAUUAGAAAAUCAAAUCGAAACCCUGAGAGAUAUGCAAAGAAAGUAUUCCAACAUUUUACGAUUGGCAAGGACAUUAACUAACCAUUUUUACCAGGUUGUGCAGACACAGAGGGCUCUGGGAGAGGCGUUUGCAGAACAAUCUCAAAGGAACCCUGAGCUUCAGGAAGAGUUCUCCUACAACUGUGAGACUCAAAGGAAUUUGGUGAAAAAUGGAGAAGUUUUACUGGGUGCAAUGAAUUUCUUCACAUCUUCAGUCAACACUCUUUGCAAUAAGACAAUGGAGGACACACUCCUAACAAUAAAAAAUUAUGAGGCAGCCAGGUUGGAGUAUGAUGCAUACAGAAAUGAUGUUGAGGCUCUUCAGUUAGGUCCCAGAGAUUCUACUCCUGCCCAAAAAAUAGAAGAGGCCAAGAAAAAGUUUGAAGAUCACAAAGAAAAGUUUGAAAAGCUUAGAGGAGAUGUGGCCAUCAAGUUGAAAUUUCUAGAUGAAAACAGGGUCAAAGUCAUGCACAAACAACUUCUGCUGUUCCACAAUGCCACGUCCGCCUACUUCUCUGGGAAUGCCACUGCCCUGGAAUCCACCCUCAAGCAGUUCAACAUCAAACUGAAAUCUGCCAACACGGACGGCCCUUCCUGGUUAGAGCAGUGACAUCUUUAACCAUUAUCUAGUCAUGUGAACCAUUGUGAGAACUAAACCAUGUGAGCAUAUUAAUACAUGUAAAUGAGAAUUAUGAAUGUGAGAUAGAGAGUUACUUCCCUUGCUCACCCUAUUCCUGACACAAAUAUUUGAUAUAAAAGUCCCAGGUUUUAUCAUUGCUGUGUAUACUCAAGCUUUUCUUGGUCCAUUUCAUAAAAGUGGGUUAUGUACAUACAUGGUUGAACUUAAGUAAGAAGCUUAAAUUUUUUUGUUUUGUUUGCUUUGAUUUGGUUUAAGGAGCAGGUGAAUUAUUUUGUGGUAGUUACUGUACUCCAACGUCAACAAAGGUACAUACAUUCCAGAUUUGGGUGAUAUUUGAUGUCAUGAAACCAUGUUUUUAUGGUUACUCUGGUUCACUGUUGACAAUAUUUGUUAUAUCGUCUCAAUACACUUCAGAUGUACAUGUAUUUGUUGUUUUAAAUUGUGUGUUAAAGGAUGGAAAUUAGAACAGUUGCAAAUAUCUUCAUUGUAUGCAUCUUGCUUUUAUGUAUGGAUAAUUAAUUUUAAAUUUUAAUCAAUUUAAGUCCAUAUGGUCUUUAAUUAUACAUUUAUAUACAUUGUACCUGAUGAACCUGUACACAGCUAUGCAAAGUUAUUUUAAUUAUAAACAUUGAGCUAUAACUAUUGUUAAAAUUGUUUUAUUCACAAGGGCUCUACAGAAUUUAAAACUCACUGAAAAUUUAACUAUGAGUUGUUAGUCAUUUCAUGAAAUACUCUUAUAGAUUGAUGCAUUUGCAUUUAUAGCUUGAAUGCAUUAGUUGUAUAUAUGUUAUCAUCAAAGAUCUAAAUAUGUACACAUGUAUAUUUCUGUCAUCUACAAAUUGAAUGCUUUCAAAGUAUGACCUUAGGGGUUGUGGAUUGAAAACAAGGUGACCUUGUUUUCAAGUACUAUUUGUCUUUCACUGAUCACUGAUACACAAACUGCUAAAUAUGGGCUAUUUGUGCUUUAUUUUUUCAUUCAUGUUUAAUUGAAAAAUACAUGAACUUUUGGCAACAAAAGGCUAAUAAUGAAUCAGCAGUAUAAGUAAAACAUUAUGAAACAGAGAAACCUGCAUUUCACAAUUUUAAUAAGAAGAAAUUUGAAAAUUUUCGAAAACAUUGUUAUUUAAAAUUCAAAAUUCUGACAUUGAGUACUAGUCUGUUUUCAGGUUAUGGUCCUUUGGGAGGAACUUAAACAUGAUCUUUCUGAGCUCAUGCAAGCACAUUUUCACAACAAAGCUUAAAUCUCUCAGGUUGAAAAAUUAUUAAAGAGGGUGGAGUGUUAAAGGAUUGUUAUAUGCAACAACUUUACAAAGGCAUAAGAAAAUAAUGGUGGAAAAAGGUAGAUGUGAAUUUUAUCUAUUAAAAUUUUAUCACACUAGUCAGAUUGUAGGAAAACAUCCUUUAGAGUAGAUUUCUAACACAUAUUCUCUCAGCACAUAUAGUGUCCUUCCCCUACCCGUAGUAAAAAAAAUAUACAUGUAAAUAAAUUCAUUUAUAAGGAUUUUUUUAACUUUGUUUGGCAGCAUUAUUUUUUGUUUCACUUGAAUUUUUGGUUUUCAAUUUCAUACCUAUCUUUGCAAUAUUCCUCUGUUCGCAGUGUAUUAUCCUAACAUUUUCUUUCAUACACACUGUAAUAUUGAAAUCCAUAUCUUGCAAUGCAUCUUCCAUCCCAUUUAGAAACAGUGUGUGAUAUACAUUAUUAACAAAAGAAUACUAGAAGCCCUAUAUAUGUAAAUACUGUGUUAAUGAACACUCCAUGUUUAUUUAUUUAAUCAUGUUAAUAGAUGCUUAUUUUGUUGUAACUUACACUGAUUUUACAUGUACAUGUAUCUAUAAAGACCACUGUACUGGGUUUUUCUUUUUUUAUAAAAGUGGUUUAUUUAAGUUUUUCUCCAUUAUUUAUUUGUAUGCAGUAUAUAUUAUAUUAUAUACCUGCCUCUGUAAAAUACAUGCAUUCAUAUUUAAAAUGAAGUUGUGAUUAAAAUUUACAAACCUUCA